AUGAUUGUAAUAUUUUGUUUGUUAUUUUGUUUAACCAAUGCGUUUGAAUCGCGCAUAGUUAAUACACAUCAGGGUCCAGUUAAAGGUUACAAAGAUGAUGGGCUGUACACCUUCUAUAGUGUGCCUUACGCCAAAGCUCCGACAGGAAGAGAUAGAUUCAAGGCACCCCUACCAGCAGAGGAUCGGCCUUUCGUACUUGAAGCUGUAGACAAAGGCAUCAUGUGUCCACAACAAGAUUUAUCCAUGAUGGUGAAACGAAGUCUGUUAACAACAGAAGAUUGUCUGAUUGCAAACAUAUUCGUACCAGAUACCACAAAAACAAAUCUACCAGUAAUCGUCUACGUGCACGGGGGAGGCUACAUAGCCUGUUACGGAAAUUUAGUCACUUAUAAGAAUUUAGUGAAAAGCAAAGAUGUUAUUGUCGUCACUUUUAAUUACCGGCUAGGAGCGCACGGCUUCCUUUGUUUGGGAACAGAGGACAUCCCUGGCAAUGCUGGUAUGAAGGAUCAAGUCGCUCUUCUGCGUUGGGUUAAAGAAAACAUCGCUAAUUUCGGCGGGGACCCUGAAGAAGUGACCAUAGCUGGUUAUAGCGCUGGAUCGUCAUCAGUCGAUCUACUCAUGCUGUCAGAUACGACGAAAGGUCUAUUCAAGGGAGUGAUACCAGAAAGUGGCGCGAAUACCGCAGCUUGGAGUAUUCAAACUGAUCCAAUUAAAAAUGCUCAAGAAUAUGGACAAAUUAUAAACUUCACGGAUUAUAAAAACGUGGAAGCCCUCCAAGAGUUUUAUAAAACAGUAUCAUAUGAAAUUCUCACGUCUGGAGAAAUGAGUCUCCUAAAUCGAACCGAUUCAACAUUCUUAAUGGCUCCCUGUGUAGAGCGUGAAACAGAUGAAGAAGAGUUUCUCACUGAGAGUCCAGUAAAAAUCUUAAAGAAUGGGAAGUAUCAUAAAGUGCCAAUGCUGUAUGGAUUUGCUUCCAUGGAGGGUCUGAUGAGGAAAGACACCUUUGACCAAUGGAAACAUGAAAUGAACAAAGAUUUUGUUCAAUUUCUACCUCCGGAUUUGCAGUUUAAAAAUGAUAAGGAAAAAGCGAUGGUUGCUGAGAAAAUUAAGAAAUUUUACUUCGGCAACGAUCCGGUUAGUAACGAGAAUAUUUUGAGUUAUGUAGACUUUUUCUCGGAUGUCUUCUUCGCAUAUGCAACACUGAGAUCUAUUAAGUUGCAUGUGGAUGCUGGACAUGAUAAGAUAUAUCUAUACGAAUAUUCCUUUGUGCAUGAUGACAUACCCACAAUACCGUACACAAAUAUGCGUGGAGCAACUCACUGUGCCCAAUCUAGCGAUGUAGGAGAUGGGAAUUUUACACAUUUCGACGAAGGUCUCUUUUCAAAGCCUGCCAGGGAUAUGAAGAAGACUGUGCGAGAUCUUUGGUACAACUUUGUUAGUACAGGACAACCAGUACCAGAGGGAUCUGACUUCCCGUCAUGGCCACCAGUAGGCAAAGACUCGACUCCAUACAUGGUGAUAGACAAUCCUAUGCGCCUGAGUGGUUCAUUGCUGAAGGAGAGAACACGGUUCUGGGAUGAGAUUUACUCAAAGCACUACCGACAGCCAUCUCCACCAUCUAUUACACCAACCAUAGACCGCACUGAAUUAUAG